CACCGAAAAUGGGCGAGUGACAAAUAUUCAUUCACUCUUGAGCUUUAUAAAAAUAAUAUUUCAAUUCUUUUGCCGUAUUUCUCACUUUUACACUCCUUUUCGUCGUUAACCUCCCGAUUUCUUGUUUCUCUCCCCUCUCUAAAGUUGAGGGAUUCACCGGAAACGCAACUGAUCGAUAAACGGUGCGCGCAUACAUAUACAUACAUACACACAUAUAUAUAUAUACACACGUCUAUCUCAUUUUCAGGGAGAUUGCGAUGGACCCUUCCAUUAUGAAGCUUCUUGAAGAGGACGAGGACGAAACUAUGCAUUCUGGGGCGGAUGUGAAGGCGUUCACUGCUGCUUUAAACAGGGACAUUGAGGGCCACACCUCCACUUCUCAACCCUCAGACGGUGGUGCAGCAGUUUCAUCUCAAGGAAACAGUCACACUUCCAGUCAGUUGUUUUCACAGUGGCAACCGUCCAGCCUAGAUAGUAAGGCCAAUUUUCAAAGUGAAUAUCUGAAGGGUUCAGAGCAACAAGACCAACAUUCGUCUGAAAUGGAGCUAAAGCAACCUGGAUCUGUUUCUGAGAAUCAGCAACAACAAAUCAAUACCACACAGGAACUGAAUUGCCUCCCUUUGCAACAGAAACAAUCGCAAGAUGAUUGUCAGCGACAGCAAGCCAAAGCUGAACAAAGUACUGUUCAUUUUCCUCAAAUAGUGGGCAUGCAGACAUCGGAACAGAAUCCUAGCCAUGCCCUAGAGCCAGAACGAACACAGAAUCUGGAGAGUGAAUCUCAAUACCCAAAAUUACAGAAGAUGGGUAAUCAACAGUCAAUGACACCAGAGCAGGCAAUUAACCCGACAAAUCGUAGCAAGCAAGUGCCAUUUGCCCAGUUGCUACCAGUGAUACAACCCCAACUCGAUAAAGACAAAGCCAUGCAACUUCAAACUCUUUAUUAUAAAUUGAAGAAAAGUGAAAUCUCAAAAGAUGGAUUUGUUAGGCUCAUGCGGAAUCUUGUUGGAGACCAGAUGCUUAAAAUGGCAGUGUUUAAAUUGCAAGCUCAGGCUGCUCGAAACUCACACACUGAACCCAACCAAAUUUCAUUACAGUCUCAAACUUCAGCGCAACAGCAUAAUCUGAAAAUGCCAUCUAUAAGUGCCAAACAGCUCCCUGAUCCCCAAUCAUUCGCGCAAGUUCAUCGGAAGGGUAUCACUUCUCAUAUUGCUUCUUUGGCAGCGCAAUUGAAGAUUGAUUCAAGUAAUGCAUCGAUGGAUAAUAAUGCUCAAAAACCCCGGGAGGUGGAACGUCAAUCAGAUUCACAUGGAAUGCAAGUAAGUCAAAUGUCUUCUUCCAGUUUGAGUACACUAAAUCAAGAAAGGGAGCGAGCAAUCCAAAUACAAGGGCUUAUCAAUCUGCAACAACAGCAGUUGCACUUCCCCCAGUCUUCUUUUCCCAUGUUUGGAAAUACUGGUGGUAAUUAUCACCCAUUUUCUGGAGCAAAUGUUAAUGCCUCGACAACAUCCCUCAAACAGCAGCCUCAUGAUUCACAAAUUAGGCAAGUUCCAGUUCAUCAAAGCAUGGGUGCAACUCAGUUAGGAACAGUAACUCAGACCGUGAAUGUAAUGAGUGUGCCUAAAUUUGAGAGAAAAAAUUCUUUCAGUGAACCGAAAAGAGUGCAUGGCGGAACUCUUUCUCACUUGACAAAUAAUUCAACAUUGCAACAGAAUUCAAUGCAUUGGCAAUCAUCAAGCGGUAAAGAGCAGAAAAAUAGUGCUUCAUCAUCGAUGACUUAUGUAAAACAGGAACCAGUUAAUCAUGCGAACGAGCAACAGCAAUCCCAGUUGUCUAUGCAGCAGGGGUUGUCUGCUAUUUCUUCUGCACAGGUAGAACAGGGAAAUGCAAUUCUAGGAACUUCGAAGGAUGGAAAUUUUGAGAUGCAGUCCUCUAGGAUGGAGUUCUCAACAUCUACAAGUAUGGUGCCAUCAAAUUCAGUGUCAUCAUCCAUUACAACCCAGGUGGACACUAAUAUCUUGUUAACCUCUCGGUUCCCUUCUGCAACCUCUCCACUUGGGCCUGGAAGUAAUGUGAAAACACAUCUCAAAAAGCCUCAUGUUGGCCAGAAGAAACCUCUUGAAGCACUUAGUUCUUCACCUCCUUUGUCAAGCAAGAAGCAAAAAUUAUCUGGUGGGGUCUCUUUGGAUCAAAGCAUUGAGCAACUCAAUGAUGUCACUGCUGUCAGUGGAGUUAAUCUCAGGGAAGAAGAAGAACAACUUCUUUCUGGGCCCAAGGAGGACAGUCGAGUUUCAGAAGCAUCUCGAAGGGUUGUGCAAGAAGAGGAGGAAAAGCUGAUUUUGCAGAACUUACCCCUUCAGAAAAAAUUGACAGAAAUCAUAACAAAAUAUGGUGUAAAGAGUAUUAGCAAUGAUGUGGAACGAUGCUUGUCAUUGUGUGUGGAGGAAAGAAUGCGUGGACUGAUAAGUAGCCUGAUCAGACUGUCAAAACAGCGGGUUGAUAUUGAGAAGCCUAGGCAUCGGAUUGUUAUCACCUCAGAUGUUCGGGAACAAAUCAUGAUAAUGAACAGGAAAGCCAGGGAAGAAUGGGAGAAAAAACAGUCUGACGCUGAAAAGCUCCAAAAACUCAACGAACCUGAAGGUGAUCCUGAAGUUGAUGACGAUAAGGAGAAGGAUGAAGGCCGUGUAAAAUCAUUUAAGGGUAACAAAGAGGAGGAUGACAAAAUGAGGACCACAGCAGCAAAUGUUGCUGCCCGAGUUGCUGUAGGAGGAGAUGACAUGCUGUCAAAAUGGCAGCUGAUGGCUGAGCAGGCGCGGCAGAAACGUGAAGGUGGAACUGAUGCGGCAUCUGGUUCUCAGCCAGGUAAGGAUGUGAGCCACAAACCUUUAUCAACCUCAGGAAGAAAUGGAAAUGAUAAUCUAGAAGCAGAAAAAAGGGUGCAUUCAGCUACUGUGGCCACAUCUGGUCUGAGUAGAAAAUUCGGAAGGAAUCAAGUUGCUAUGCCUCAACCUAGGAUCUCCCGCAGUAUCUCUAUUAAGGAUGUCAUUGCUGCCCUUGAGAGAGAGCCCCAGACCUCAAAAUCUACACUGAUGUAUCGCUUGUAUGAAAAAUUGUGUGCAGAUGCUGUAGCUGAAUAAUUUGUGAUGAAUCAUGGUGCAGUAAGAUAUUCAACUCAAUUGUGUGCAAAGCUUGCAAGAUGUUUAGAGUUAUUCUCUUCUUGUUAAUUUCCUGUAAUUUAUUUGCAGUUUAGAACUCUAGAUGUAGUGCAUAUAGGUUCAAUUUUCUGACUGCUUUUUGCCUCAUUAUGUAUUUAUUUAGUUCUUUAGCAGGUCAAAUCUGCUUAAUUUGGGUAUUAAACAGUGAAGUUUUGGGGACUUUUGAGGUGUUGUCAAA